AUGAUUACUUCUGAGUCUUCGAACAACAUGCAGCUACGACUGCUAGAUGGUACUGCUAGUAGUGUUAAUGUGAUGAGCAACCUCGCACAUGUCAUGGCAGCCUCCAUCGUCGGAUUAAUCGGCCGUGUUGCCAAGCUUGAGAUUUUCUCUCACUAUGUUGCUAGGAAAAUGGGAUUUGUAGAUGCCGGUGAGAACCGAGCUUCAUUUAUCAUUACCCAGGUAUUAAGUUCUCAGUCCCAACCCAAAAUAAAUCUCAAAAAUAUUCUUUUGGAAGCGACAAGGGAACAUAGGUUUGAGAGAAUAAUAAAGAAACUAAAGGUGGCUAGAGUGUUCUCUACAUUGGUUGAAGAGAUUAAAGCAAUAAAGGGCGACUCGCAAAGUUGUGAUGACAAGGUCUCCAUUGUCCAGAGUGAGAGGAGUCCAGUGUUGCUGCUUAUGGGUGGAGGCAUGGGAUCUGGAAAAAGCACUGUUCUUAAAGACAUUCUUAGAGAAGCUCUUAACUCUAAGGGCCACCAUGAUGAAAUGCUUCAAAGUGCUGAACUGGUGCAUCAGACUUCGACUGAUGCUGCAUCAUCUCUACUAGUGACAGCUUUAAAUAAAGGGCGAGAUGUGAUCAUGGAUAGUACCUUAGCAUGGGAACCUUUCCUAGAGCAAACUAUUGCUAUGGCAAGAAAUGUUCACAAAAAGCGAUGUCUAAGGUAA